AGAGAAGCACACAAAAUAACAAAAAGUAAGGGGUAAAAGUGGUUUUUUAAUAGAAAUGGGUAGGAGAUUGUGGGAAACAAUUUUUUUGAAAGGUGUAAAUCUUUUUGGGACGGAGAGAGUAUAUAAUUUAUAUACUCUCCUACCUGAAAAAAUAAAACAUACUAAUAAGCUAGAGAAGCACACAAAAUAAAUACAACAAAAAGAUAGGUAGGUAGAUGAGAGUGAUCAUAGUAGUAGUGGGAGGGUAUGAACUUGGCAUGGAAAUAGAGCAUCAAGAACCCAUCCUCCAAAUGAAGCAAAGAAUCCAAAACCAUCUCGGCCUUCCAAUGGCUUCCCAAACCCUCUCCGUUCUCGGCUGGGAACUAAUCGACGGCCUCGACGUCGAAGACUAUCCCUUCAUUUCCCACGGCACAAAGAUCGAUCUCACUGUCAAAAUCACACUGCCACCGCCACAACCCCGGGGCGAGAACACAAAAAUACACCUCACUGUCAAAUCCACCGCCAGGCGAAUGGGCAUAGAAGCAGACACCAAGACUGACACCGUCAGAACCCUGAAGGAGAAGAUCCACAUAAUGGAUGGCACUCCUAUCAAGAGGAUGGCUUUGAUCUUCUCCGGGAAAGAGCUCGACGACGAGCACCGGAUCUUGGGGGAGUGUGGCAUUGUCGCCCCGUUUUCCGAAGUCGUGGUGUCCGUUAAGGCCAUGUCGUCGUCGUCGCGGUGCGCGACGGAUCCGGUGGCGGCGGCGUCGUCGAGGAGGGUGAGGUUUGCCGUGCAGACGUCGUCGGCGUUGCUCGACGCCGCCACUAUUCCGGUGGAGAUGAGCGAUUUAAGCACGGUGAAGGAGGUAAUGGAGAUGCUCUUAGGGCGGAGUUUGCUGCCGGCGGAUGAUUACAUCUUCAUUCAUAAGCAGAGGAUCAUGAGAGAGCAGUGUACCCUUCGUUGGCACGGCGUUGAGAGUGGGGAGUGCCUCUAUGUUUUCAAGGGCACGGUGGUCGGCGGCGGCGGUCAACGCUAUUGACACUUACACGCUCAGCUCGUUCAAAUGACGGUUCCAUGGUGUUUAAUUAAUUAAUUGGUGUUAUAAUAAUCUUGUUAUGGCCGG